AUGUGGACAUUCAUUCCUCUUCUCCUGCCUGUAGAACAGCUUGCGAUCUUAGCCAUCAAUCAACACAUCUCACAGUAUAAACCCAGUCAGUACAAGGAUGGUACCUAUAAACCCAUUCAGUACAAGGAUGGUACCUAUAAACCCAUUCAGUACAAGGAUGGUACCUAUAAACCCAUUCAGUACAAGGAUGGUACCUAUAAACCCAUUCAGUACAAGGAUGGUACCUAUAAACCCAUUCAGUACAAGGAUGGUACCUAUAAACCCAUUCAGUACAAGGAUGGUACCUAUAAACCCAUUCAGUACAAGGAUGGUACCUAUAAACCCAUUCAGUACAAGGAUGGUACCUAUAAACCCAUUCAGUACAAGGUUGGUACCUAUAAACCCAUUCAGUACAAGGAUGGUACCUAUAAACCCAUUCAGUACAAGGAUGGUACCUAUAAACCCAUUCAGUACAAGGUUGGUACCUAUAAACCCAUUCAGUAUAAGGAUGGUACCUAUAAACCCAGUCAGUACAAGGAUGGUACCUAUAAACCCAUUCAGUACAAGGUUGGUACCUAUAAACCCAUUCAGUACAAGGAUGGUACCUAUAAACCCAUUCAGUACAAGGAUGGUACCUAUAAACCCAUUCAGUACAAGGAUGGUACCUAUAAACCCAUUCAGUACAAGGAUGGUACCUAUAAACCCAUUCAGUACAAGGAUGGUACCUAUAAACCCAUUCAGUACAAGGAUGGUACCUAUAAACCCAUUCAGUACAAGGAUGGUACCUAUAAACCCAUUCAGUACAAGGAUGGUACCUAUAAACCCAUUCAGUACAAGGUUGGUACCUAUAAACCCAUUCAGUAUAAGGAUGGUACCUAUAAACCCAUUCAGUACAAGGUUGGUACCUAUAACCCCAUUCAGUACAAGGAUGGUACCUAUAAACCCAUUCAGUAUAAGGAUGGUACCUAUAAACCCAUUCAGUACAAGGUUGGUACCUAUAAACCCAUUCAGUACAAGGAUGGUACCUAUAAACCCAUUCAGUACAAGGAUGGUACCUAUAAACCCAUUCAGUACAAGGAUGGUACCUAUAAACCCAUUCAGUACAAGGAUGGUACCUAUAAACCCAUUCAGUACAAGGAUGGUACCUAUAAACCCAUUCAGUACAAGGAUGGUACCUAUAAACCCAUUCAGUACAAGGAUGGUACCUAUAAACCCAUUCAGUACAAGGAUGGUACCUAUAAACCCAUUCAGUACAAGGAUGGUACCUAUAAACCCAUUCAGUACAAGGUUGGUACCUAUAAACCCAUUCAGUACAAGGAUGGUACCUAUAAACCCAUUCAGUACAAGGAUGGUACCUAUAAACCCAUUCAGUACAAGGUUGGUACCUAUAAACCCAUUCAGUAUAAGGAUGGUACCUAUAAACCCAGUCAGUACAAGGAUGGUACCUAUAAACCCAUUCAGUACAAGGUUGGUACCUAUAAACCCAUUCAGUACAAGGAUGGUACCUAUAAACCCAUUCAGUACAAGGAUGGUACCUAUAAACCCAUUCAGUACAAGGAUGGUACCUAUAAACCCAUUCAGUACAAGGAUGGUACCUAUAAACCCAUUCAGUACAAGGAUGGUACCUAUAAACCCAUUCAGUACAAGGUUGGUACCUAUAAACCCAUUCAGUACAAGGAUGGUACCUAUAAACCCAUUCAGUACAAGGAUGGUACCUAUAAACCCAUUCAGUACAAGGUUGGUACCUAUAAACCCAUUCAGUAUAAGGAUGGUACCUAUAAACCCAGUCAGUACAAGGAUGGUACCUAUAAACCCAUUCAGUACAAGGUUGGUACCUAUAAACCCAUUCAGUACAAGGAUGGUACCUAUAAACCCAUUCAGUACAAGGUUGGUACCUAUAACCCCAUUCAGUACAAGGAUGGUACCUAUAAACCCAGUCAGUAUAAGGAUGGUACCUAUAAACCCAUUCAGUACAAGGAUGGUACCUAUAAACCCAUUCAGUACAAGGUUGGUACCUAUAAACCCAUUCAGUACAAGGAUGGUACCUAUAAACCCAUUCAGUACAAGGUUGGUACCUAUAACCCCAUUCAGUACAAGGUUGGUACCUAUAAACCCAGUCAGUACAAGGAUGGUACCUAUAAACCCAUUCAGUACAAGGUUGGUACCUAUAAACCCAGUCAGUAUAAGGAUGGUACCUAUAACCCCAUUCAGUACAAGGAUGGUACCUAUAAACCCAUUCAGUACAAGGAUGGUACCUAUAAACCCAUUCAGUACAAGGUUGGUACCUAUAAACCCAGUCAGUAUAAGGAUGGUACCUAUAAACCCAUUCAGUACAAGGAUGGUACCUAUAAACCCAUUCAGUACAAGGAUGGUACCUAUAAACCCAUUCAGUACAAGGAUGGUACCUAUAAACCCAGUCAGUAUAAGGAUGGUACCUAUAAACCCAUUCAGUACAAGGAUGGUACCUAUAACCCCAUUCAGUACAAGGAUGGUACCUAUAAACCCAUUCAGUACAAGGAUGGUACCUAUAAACCCAUUCAGUACAAGGUUGGUACCUAUAACCCCAUUCAGUACAAGGAUGGUACCUAUAAACCCAGUCAGUAUAAGGAUGGCACCUAUAAACCCAUUCAGUACAAGGAUGGUACCUAUAAACCCAUUCAGUACAAGGAUGGUACCUAUAAACCCAUUCAGUACAAGGAUGGUACCUAUAAACCCAUUCAGUACAAGGAUGGUACCUAUAAACCCAUUCAGUACAAGGUUGGUACCUAUAAACCCAUUCAGUACAAGGAUGGUACCUAUAAACCCAUUCAGUACAAGGAUGGUACCUAUAAACCCAGUCAGUAUAAGGAUGGUACCUAUAAACCCAUUCAGUACAAGGAUGGUACCUAUAACCCCAUUCAGUACAAGGAUGGUACCUAUAAACCCAUUCAGUACAAGGAUGGUACCUAUAACCCCAUUCAGUACAAGGAUGGUACCUAUAAACCCAUUUAG